AAUUGAAUCAAGACUUUAUUCGCAAGUUUUUCAUGACCAUGUCGAUCAUACAUUGGAAAAGGAAUCAGUAGUCUUAAAUGAUAUUACAUCUGCCACCCCGAAUCAAAAGGUUUUAGCCUUUCAAAAAAAAAGAUAUUGGGAAACCAAAACCUAUUUUAAGUGCAGACGUUAAGCAACAAAAGUCUUCCACAAAGGAACAAGAGACUACAACAAAAGAGAUUUCAUCGUCUUUUUUAAAGCCCUAUGAACCAAUAAUUUUUAAUCCACCAAUGACAAAUGAUUGUAUUAAUACUUCUCAAGCUAAUAAAUGCCAGGAAAGUGUCGUUAGUGAUCAUAACGAGAAUUUAUCUACAGGGAUACAUGUAAAAUAUAAAAAUCACAAAAAAUUAGACAAUAAACAACGAAGAAAACUACAUCAAAAUGCACAGUUAAUCCAGUCUUAUAAAAAUAUUGCUAGCAAAACAAAAAUCACCAUGGCAAAUCAGACAAAACAGAAAAAGUUGGAUUCUAUUAGAAGAAUAAGAGAAAAAAAGGCGAAAUCCAAAAGUGUUCGCGAUAAAAUCAAAAAUGAAGAAAAAGGAAUUGAGGUUGUUUUGUUAGACGAUAGUGAUGUUGAUGAUGAUAAUGACGAUGUUAUAUGUAUUCCUGUUUCACCACCACCAUUGAUUGCAAUAGAUGAAUCUGAUAACGAAAGUAACAAUGUUGAUAAUACAGAAGAUUUAAAAGGGAACUCAUCCAUCGAAAAAGACACUAUUGGUAAUUUAAGUUCCACUACAUUUACAAAACCUAAAAAUAAAAAGAGUAGUUCUGCUCCAGCAUCGAUAGUUAGAAGUAAUGAAUCUUCUCGAUGUACAAGCCCAUGCUCGGUCUUUUCGACUGAUGAUUUCAUUUCUCAAGGAGAAAAAUCGAAGUUACUGAAAACUUCAGUUGUUAAUGAUGAUGAUUUAACUUUAGCCGAAACUGUAGAUUCAUUCGUUUCAAGACAGAACAAAUCAACUACAAUAAUAGAAGAUGAGUUAUCAAAUUUCAAAGCUUGCAACAUGCCACCUCCUUUGGAUGCAGGACCAAAAAAUCAACAGCAAGUAUGUAAGAAAAAAAAGAAAAAGAAUGAUUAUUUGGUUAAGGAAAACGACUUCAGAGCUCUUGAUGUUUAUGAUGAAAGUGAAUCUGAUUUAAGUGUGUAUUCGAAAGGAUCACUAUCAAGCAAAAGACAACUGAAUAAUAAAGGGGAGACGUCUGCGUUAUGCCUAUCAACAUCAUCAUCAUCAUCUUCUUUGUCUGAUUCUUGUCAAGAAAAUAUAAUACAAAAAGUGAAAAGAUUGCGGAAAAGGAGGGUUUCUUCUAACAAAGAAUCAGAUAAAAAAGAUACUGAGUCUGAAAGUGAAAAUGAAAUAAAUAAAACAAGUACAGGCCUUCCGUAUAUAAGUAAAGGAGAAGCCGUAGAGAGUACGAAAAAAAGGCGGAGGGCGUCUGAACCUAAUUUGAAUAUUGCAAUUGACGUUAAUUCUUCGGACAAUGAAUUUAUUUCGAAGCUAAGUAAAAUUGUACACAAAAAUAAAGAAGAAAAAAUUCCUGACUCUGCAAGGAAUAUGGAGAAUAUUCGUAACGAAAGCGACGUAUCAGAUGAUGCAAGGGAAUGUGUGACCGCAAGAAAAAUUGCUGAAGAUGUCAUAAAAAAAUCACAGCAAAACAAAUUUGAAAAAACUAAACAUGAAUCACGGUCUACAAAUAUUAAAGAGUCAUCUGAAACAAAUGUAAUUUCUGACAAGGAUUCCCUCGAAGCUCAAACAGAAAUUGAAGAUAUGAGCAGAGAACCCGCUAAAAAUGAGCAAAUAUUAAAAGCAGCUUUUGAGGAAAUCGAUAAUCUUACUUUUAGCUCUAAAAUUUCUAGGGAGUUAACACCAGAAAUGGUUUCUCUUGAUAUAACACAAAGUGAUAUUGAAGAUAACGACCAAGAUAAAGAAGUGGAGAAUAAUGAAAUGAAUUUUGAAGAAAACUCAACUGAAGUUAAUGGCAUUGUUUAUUAUAGAGUUGAUUCACAUACAACUGACAACAUAGGAUGGUGUGAAGAAAUGUAUCGUUUUUAUAAUAUGUCGUGGGGUGGUGAAAAUUUUUCUGUUAAAAAGAUGAAACAGACAUUAGACCGAAAAGCUAAUUGGAAUAUAAAUUCAAGCGAUCGUUUCCCAAAAUUUACUAAAUCAUCGAGAAUGAAGUGUUUCAAUUGUUGUGAAUUUGGUCACAUUUCAGCAAGAUGCACGAGACCGAGAAAACCUAUUGUCUGCUAUAUGUGCGGCGAGCAUGGACAUCGUGAACCACGAUGCCCAAAUACAAUUUGCUUAAAGUGUGGAUCAAAAACCUCAAGUUACACAAGGCAAUGUGUUAAGUGUAUUUCACAAAACAAGCAAACUUGUUUUAUUUGUAAGUUAAGUGGUCAUAAUGUUACCUUGUGUCCAGAUAAAUGGAGAAGAUAUCAUUCAACAGUUAAUCCGAACUCUGAUCUCAAUAGUAAUGUAAAAUACAGCAACAUAAAAUAUUGUUCUGUGUGCGCAGGCCGUGGUCAUUUUGCAGAGACAUGUAGAUUUGCAAAAAUUUAUUUAGAAUAUUCUCCAAUAUCAACUCAAAUAAAGUCUUAUGUCAAACCUAUACAGAGUCAACCAAAUCCUUCUUUACUAUCCAAAAGUACGAUAACAUAUAACUUACUACAUCAACCAAAUAGCAAUUUACGCUUUACUUUCUCUUUUAAUAAAAAAUUUAAAUUAAACCAAUAUUAUGGAAGAUUUUUAAAAGCUGUUAAGUUGGAACAUUUAGUUUAUAAUUUGGAUUUAAAAAAAAAAAAUGAGAAAAAAUUGCUUAAUAUUAGUGAAAUAUCAAAUGAACCUAAGAAAAAAACAGUUGAGCAUGAGUUUAAAUCACCAAUAGCAACAGAAAAGAGCCUUGCUUCAAAUGAGGAAAAAAGUAAAAUAUCAGAAAAGGAUAAUGAGUCAGAAGAAAAAGAUGCAAUAAGUUCAGUUUCUAAAGAUUUUGUAUGUGAUUCGGAUUCGAAUUAUAGUUUUUCGGACCAUUUUGAUGUUCCUAAAUCAACACCUGCUAAAUCAAAGUCAACUGAAGCAACAUUUAAUUUCAAGGAAAAGACAAAAGAAUUAGAUUUAAGUAAACCUCAAAGGAUAUCUCGUCCAAUGGGUGAUUUAUUAGAUUUCAUACCUUUAAGCAGUUCUGACAAAGAAGUAAUUGAUAAUGUUCAAACUGAAGAAAAGGAAAAAAAUGACGACAAUUUGGAAAAAGAACCUAAUGAAAAUGAAAAUUUCAUUGAAUUUGUUCAAAAUAAUGAAGAGGAUUCUACAGAAGAGAAAGAUGAUGAAGAAGAUAUCACAACUGGAAUCGGGAUAUCGCACAAAUUUAGAAAUAUUUCUGAAAGUGAUGUUGAUGAAAGUACAUUUCCAGAAGCACCAUGUUUCGGAAAAAUAUUUUUACCUAAAAAUUUCAGUGAUUAUUUGCUUUCUCCAAAUGGAAAUAAAUUUUUAAUAGAAAAUUCCAAUAAAUAUAAUAUUAAAGCUAGUAUUGAUUGGACAUCGGUUGGUAAUGUACUUGUACUUGAAGGUUUAAAAGAAAAUCAAAAUCAAUUCCAUAUAAAACUUAUGCUAGAAUUACGUUCGUUACCUAAGAAAAUUAAAAAUGAUUUAUUAGAACAAAGUUUACGUGUACCAAAGAAACGUUCAGUAUUGAUAAAAUUUUUGCAGGAUGAUUUAGAGCGUUUAGAUAGUAAAAUUGGAAAUGUUUUUGAUUUACAUAAACAAUUGCAAUUAUAUGAGCAUCAACAAUCAAAAAAUGGUUUAAGACAAGCUCAAAAAAUUCGUACAAAAUUAAAUAUGAUAUUACUUGGUCAAGCUGGUUUACGUGAUGGUAAAAUUAAUUUAGAAAUAUUAAUGAAACAUUUAAUACAACUAAGAAAAGAAAAUUCAAAUCAAAAUCAAAAUAUAUUAAGUAUUGUAACAUCUCAAAUAAGGGAUGAAAUUGAUAAAUCAUGGAAAUAUAUAUUCUCUCCAAUAGAACAUCCAAAUUAUAAUGAAUUAAUUGAUGCUUAUUAUGCAAUGAAACGUCAUAAUGCCCUACCAUUAUUAAAAAUUCGUGAUAGAAUAAAACAGGGUAAUUCAUCUCUUACAAUAAAAUCAAUUACAAAUACAAUAAAUGAAAAUAAAUCUGAUAAUCUUAAUAAAAUGGAAUUAGAAAAAUCUCAAAAUCAAUUAAAAAGAAAAGAAAAUCUUACUGGAUUUGAUCAACUUUUAAAUGUUAAAAUACCAAAAUUAUUUUUAAAUAUAACUGAUUCAAAUUCAAAUAGUUUUUCAACAUUUUUAAAUCAAAAUCAAAUAAAUAAUAAUAAUAAUAAUAAUAACACUAACAGUAAUAAUAAUAAUAGUAAUAAAAAUGAUAAUAAUACAAUAGAAAAAUCUGUUCAAAAUAAUUUAUAUUUUGCAAAUUUAAAUAAAAUUGGACAAUUAUUGGAUGAAAUAAAUAAUCAAAAAAAUUCUCAGAUUGAAAAGAAACCAUUAUUAAGUGCAAAAAUGCCAAGUCCAUUUUGGUCAAAAGAAUCUAUAAAACAUUUAAAUGAAAUUUUAAAUAAACAUAAUUGGAAUGAUGAUAUCAAAAAAAAAAUUACAAUAGCUUUAAAUAAUUCAAAAAAUGGUUUAUUAUCACAUAGUGAUUAUAAAAAUAUUGUAUCAAUUAGAAAUAUUGUAAAUUCUCUAAUAUUACAGAUUUCAUAA